CCAAAGUUGGUAAGCAUUCCACGAAAAACACCGGGAUAUCUGCUCUCGAGUUUUCCUUCAGCUGUCAAAGAUGCAAUCUGUUUAUGAAAUAUCCCACUGUAUAUAUUUUUGAUUUUCUAAAUAUACAAUUAAUAUGGAUGAAGGUAUAUCGCAAAACUGGAGCCCUUAUGCUAAAAACUACGAUCCUUUAAAGGCAGGUAGUAUUGAUGGAACAGAUACAGAACCUCACGACAAAGCUAUUAGUAGAGCAAUACUAAUGCAUUACGAGCCAUCACAUAAUUUAGAGUCUAAACCAGAAAGAACUAUUUUUGUAGCUAGAUUUGGUUCUAAUGUUACUAAAUAUGAUUUAAAGGAGUUUUUUAGCAAAUAUGGAGAUGUUAUUUCUGCAAAAGUCAUAGUAGAUGUAGUGACUGGACUCUCGCAAGGAUACGGUUUUGUGGAAAUGAGAAACGAAGAUGAAGCUAGAAGGGUGUUGAGACGAGCUACAGAUGCUAUGUUAAAAGGAUAUAAAAUAUUUAUAGAUUAUGAAUGUGGUCGUAGCAUGAAGGGAUGGAAGCCAAGGAGACUUGGAGGUGGUUUUGGUGGCAAAAAAGAAUCGGGGCAAUUGAGAUUCGGAGGAAGGGAUAGACCGUUUAAACGACCGAUUGUACCUAAUAUUUUAAAGUCGAAGAGAUAAAUAGUGUCUAUUUUGAUAAUCUUGCUAUACCAUUUCCGCCCAUUUUAUUUUUAUCUUUUUAUCUAGUUCUAUAUUUAGAAUAUGAAACAUCGUGCAUGAAAUAUAUAUGGGAUGCUUAAUACAAUUUUUAUUGUUUGAGAAAAUAAAUAAUUAUUUUGAUA